AUGGAUAAAGUAUAUCGUUUUGAUCCUGCAAAAAUUACCGAAAAAUAUAAUAUCAAAGAGUAUUUUAAUGAGUAUUCAAAACUCAUUGAUCAACUUGAACAUGACGAGGUUAUUACUGAUGAAAAUAAAUCAAAAAAAUUAGAUGAAAUUUACAAUUUUAGAAUUAAAAAUAUUAAUUAUUUUGAUGAGGAAAAUGAUGAAUCAAAUGAUGCAGAAAAUAAUACAACAAAUCAAUAUGAAUAUAAUCUUGGUUUACCACAAGGUUUACCAAAUAUACCUGCAAUACAAAAAUUAAAAUUAUUAACUGAAAAAUAUGCCAAAGAAGAAAAAAAAAAAAGUUUAUUUAAACAGCCAAUUUACGUACCAAUUAAUAAUACUGAAAUUAUUGAAGGUGAAAAAUCAAUACCAGGUAAAGAUAUAUUAAUAGAAAUAAGAAUUUUUAAUCCUUUUGUUGCUGAUUCAAGACAUGGUCCACCAUCAAAAAGAAAAAUAUCAUUAUCACGAGUUAUUUCAAUUCUUGGAUGUCAAACUCUUGCUGAUUUACGUGAUAAAAUUAGCUGUAUAUCAGAUUUAUCAGUAUCAUAUGAAUCAAGUAAUGAUCCAUCGGCUGCCCAACAUCUAUUAUCAAAUAAAAAUUUAUAUAAAUCUGGAUUUUUUUAUAUUGAAAAUACUUUUUACAAUGAUAUGAGAGAUAAAAAUAAUCAUGACAAUAGUGCUGUUAUAAGAGAAUGGGCUGAGGCAAAAAAUUUUGGUCAAUUUAGUGUUGAAAAAAUGGAAGAAACAAAAAUUGAAUCAUUAAAUGUUAGAUUUGGUUAUCCUUGGGUUUAUCAGCAUCAAGGAACUUGUGAGCAUUUAGUUGUAUUUGCAGAUGCAAGAUUAAUUAAUCCUGAUGAUCAUUUAGCAAUUAAAAAUUAUCCAAGAGUUGAUAGAAUAAGUUGCAUACGUAAUAGUUCAUGUUUAUUGUGUGCUGAUAAACCAGUUUAUUGGAUAACAAUUGACAGUGAUAGAGUACCACAUAAUCCUUGUUAUUUUUGUAAAAAAUGUUUUAAAUCAUUCAAUUAUAUUGAUGGUAAAAAAAUUGGUAAUUUUAAAGCAUACAGAUUUCCAUGUGAUCCUGAUAUUAUCGAAGCUAUUGAAAAUAAAUCACGUGUUAAAAUCGAACUUAUGGAUCAAAGCUAAACAAUAAA